UCAACUUUACGGAAUACAAUAAUUUUUGGUAUUUUGUUAAAAUUUAUGUAUAUUUAGAUACUAUUUCUGUUAUUUAUACGUAUAAUAUCAAUACAACAAUGCCGUUGCUUGACGGUAAAGAAAUAGACAUAUUUUUUAAUGAACAAGAUUUACCCUAUGAAGAAGAAAUAUUAAGAAAUCCAUUUUCUGUAAAACAUUGGCUUAGAUAUAUAGAACAUAAAAAAGGAGCACCUAAAAAUGAAAUUAAUGUCAUUUAUGAAAGAGCUUUAAAAGAGUUACCUGGUUCAUUUAAACUGUGGUAUAAUUAUUUAAAACUGAGGAGAAGUCAAAUUCGUGGUCGCUGCAUUAUUGACCCUUGUUAUGAAGAUGUUAACAAUUGCUUUGAAAGAUCUUUAGUGUUCAUGCAUAAGAUGCCUAGAAUUUGGAUGGAUUACUGUACAUUUUUAACUGACCAAUGCAAAAUCACAGGUACAAGAAAAGCGUUUGAUAGUGCUUUAAGAGCUUUGCCAAUAACACAGCACCAUAGAAUAUGGCCACUUUAUCUUAAUUUUCUGAGAAAACAUGAUAUACCUGAAACUGCCAUUAGAGUUUUUAGAAGAUACUUAAAACUGUGCCCAGAAGAUACUGAGGAGUAUAUAGAUUAUUUAAUUUCUAUAAAUAAACUUGAUGAAGCAUCUUUAAAGUUGGCCCAAAUAGUAAAUAAUGAAAACUUUCAAUCUAAGCAUGGUAAAUCCAAUCAUCAGCUUUGGAAUGAAUUGUGUGAAUUGAUAUCUAAAAAUCCAGAUAAAAUUCAUUCUCUCAAUGUAGAUGCUAUUAUUAGAGGAGGUCUUAGACGUUAUACUGACCAAUUAGGCCAUUUAUGGAACUCCCUCUCAGAUUACUAUGUAAGAAGUGGUCUAUUUGAAAGAGCUAGAGAUAUUUAUGAAGAAGCUAUUCAAACUGUAACAACAGUAAGGGACUUCACACAAGUGUUUGAUGCUUAUGCACAAUUUGAAGAACUUAGUUUGAGUAAAAAAAUGGAAGAAGUUGCAAAUAAAAUAAAUCCUAGUGAAGAUGAUGAUAUUGAUUUGGAACUUAGGCUUGCUAGAUUUGAAUACUUAAUGGAGAGAAGAUUAUUGCUUCUUAAUUCAGUACUUCUAAGACAAAAUCCACACAAUGUUGCUGAAUGGCAUAAAAGAGUUAAAUUAUAUGAAGGGAAACCACAUGAAAUUAUAGAUACAUACACAGAAGCUGUACAAACAGUGGAUCCUAAAUUAGCUGUAGGUAAAUUAUAUACAUUGUGGGUUGGAUUUGCAAAAUUUUAUGAGAAAAAUGAACAAAUAGAAGAUGCUAGAUUGAUAUUUGAAAAAGCAACUCAAGUUAUGUACGCAAAAGUUGAUGAUUUAGCCUCAGUAUGGUGUGAAUGGGCAGAAAUGGAAAUUAGACAUGAAAACUAUGAGGAUGCUCUUAAACUAAUGCAAAAAGCCACUGUCUUACCUAGCAGGAAAGUAGCUUAUCAUGAUGACACAGAAACAGUACAGAUGCGUUUAUAUAAGUCUCUAAAAGUAUGGUCUAUGUAUGCAGACUUAGAAGAAAGUUUUGGUACAUACAAAUCUUGUAAGGCUGUGUAUGAUCACAUUAUUGAUUUAAAAAUAGCCACACCACAAAUAAUUAUAAACUACGGACUAUUCUUGGAGGAACACAACUAUUUUGAAGAAGCCUUUAGAGCUUAUGAAAAAGGAAUUGCUCUUUUCAAAUGGCCUAAUGUUUAUGACAUAUGGAAUACAUACUUGACAAAAUUUUUGAAAAGAUAUGGUGGAACAAAACUAGAAAGGGCAAGAGACCUAUUUGAACAAUGUCUUGAGCACUGCCCUGCAGAAUUUGCAAAGUCAAUAUUUCUUCUGUAUGCAAAGCUAGAAGAAGAACAUGGUCUAGCAAGACAUGCAAUGUCUGUCUAUGAAAGAGCUACAACAUCUGUGCUUCCUGAGCAGAUGUUUGAAAUGUUUAACAUUUACAUAAAAAAAGCAGCAGAAAUCUAUGGUGUACCAAAGACUAGGCAGAUCUAUGAGAAGGCAAUAGAGACAUUACCUGAGGAAAAGGCUAGAGAAAUGUGUGUUAGAUUUGCUGAAAUGGAAACUCGAUUGGGUGAAAUCGAUAGAGCUCGAGCAAUAUAUGCUCAUUGUAGCCAACUAUGUGAUCCAAGAAUCACUGCAGAUUUUUGGAAUACUUGGAAAGAGUUUGAAGUUCGUCAUGGCAAUGAAGAUACAAUGCGUGAAAUGCUAAGAAUAAAGAGAAGUGUACAAGCAACUUAUAAUACACAAGUAAAUAUGAUGUCAGCCCAAAUGUUGAGUUCAGCAGCACAAGCAGCAGGUACCAUUUCAGAUCUUGCACCAGGUAUGAAGGAUGGCAUGAGAAUGCUAGAAGCUAAAGCUGCAGAGAUGGCAGUACAAAGCAAGGGUAAUAUUAUGUUUGUACGUGGAGAAACACAAGGCUUGAAAGAAAGUACAGAAAAAGUAGUAAAUCCGGAUGAAAUAGACAUAAAUGAAGAUUCAGAAAAUAGUGAUGAUGAUGAUGAUGACGGAGAAGUGGCGCCAGUACAGAAGAAGGAUAUUCCGGCUGCUGUGUUUGGAGGCCUUGUACCAGACGAUGAAAAUUGAAAUAAUAUUCAGUUUCAGUAAUAAA